UCAACUCUAAAGUUAACUUGCAACAACCAACCUUCGCAACGGAAAAAACAUCGACGCUUUUUCCGAUCAUCCGAUGUCUAUAUCAGUCCAACAUCCGCCAUUAACACACGAACCUGCAACUUCAACCGAAGGUAUGACCACCACACUCGAAUCUUCCUUGCUCAAUUUACUCCAUCAACAUCAAGUCUCAUCUUCUUCCCUUCGCAAUCAAACUGAGAAAUCGAAGAAGGAAGCCAUUAAAGCUGGAAUUCGAGUUUCAGAGCUUAUGGUAGAUGCUGUUAAUGGCGGAGUUCAAGAAUCUUUUCUUCAUCAAAAACAAAUUGAACUUGAAAUUCGAUCUUUAACGGUUACGAUUAACCGAUUUCAUAAACAAACUCAACAAUGGUUGAAUGCUUCUCGAUCUCUUAACACUGCGAUUAAGGAAAUCGGCGAUUUUGAGAAUUGGAUAAAGGUGAUGGAAUAUGAUUGUAAAAGCAUCACUACUGCAAUUCGCAACAUUCAUCAAGCAUGAAGAUAACUUCAAUUCAUUAUCUCUGUAAUUAUUUCAACUUUUUUUUCAUUAAUGCUAACUUUUGUAGUUUUUCAGAUGUUAAUCUUGAUUGUUUAAAUAUUUGUGUCAAUUAGUAUAUUCUGGAUGUAGUUUGAGCUUUGUGAAGUUGUAUGCAACAAAUUGAGUCACUUACAUUCAAGAUCAUUCUGGUUAAUCAGCUAAUUAAAAUGUAGAUUCCAAUU